UCAUUUCUACCUCGAGCAAAUUGAGGGAAACUUCAAGAAAAGUGGAGGGAAACAGCUUCUCGUACCCAAUGACAGUUGUAGAGACUCAGUGCUGGCCGAAAGUACCAAAAGCUUUCCUCCAUUGAGCAAUCUGGUGUUGCAAAGCUGUCCAAGACAUACCGCUGCAAUGGCUUGUGCAUACAGGUAUGAGAGAUUUGCCGAAAAGAUAUCAGUAAGUUGCGACGGAAUCGUCAGUUGGCGAGAGGGAUCCAAGGACAUUGAGUUUAUUGCAAAGGGACAAGUAUCCUCGAGCUUGUUAAAAGGUGGAGGAAUUUGUGGACUUCUAAGGGAUGCAAGCUUCCAACCGCGAACACUGCCGAAGAUGACUUUGGAGAGGGUCCGUGAAAUUCUGGCAGAAGUGAGAGCUAGCGUGACGAUGCCAAGGGGCUCAAGGCCCGUUUCUACAAGUGGCCUACACCUUGAAAAGCGAGAUGAGCAGCUGGCUUCAAGCAAUGAGGAUGAGGACCCUCAGAUGAUUUUACCGCUCAGUUCUUCAGUGGAUGCGGACGCACCUCGCGUACAAGUUGUGCCCAAGCUCGGAGAGUGUGAUUCAGAAAAACCAAAGGCGAAAGUUAGUCGGCUUGAGAAGAGAGGGAUCAGACACAAGGAUGAUCGUCUGGCUUUGGACUGCAAAAGUAUCGCAGGAGACCAUCCAAUUCUGCAGAAGAGAAGGAUCCCAUCUGAGGAAGACGAUGAGGAUACGCAGCAUGGAUGCUUAGUAAAUAGUGACAACGAGAGUUUCAGUGUUGAAGGAUCUGGAUAUCAGAUGAUGGAAUGUAACUACUAUCACCACUCUGGAGAACGGUUUGGUCAAGGAAGUGGUAACGCUUUUCAGCACCUCCACGCCCCUUUGCCCAGGAAGAGCAAACGAAAUUAUAAGGCUAACAACUUUUGUGCCCGAGACAGUAAAGGUAGAUACAAGAAAUCCUCGGGUGGAAGAACGGAUCGACAUUACAAACCGGAGAUGGCAUCUGGAGCAACAUCCGAUCCAGACAUUAACAGGGCCAAGGGCCAAUCCGUCGCAGAUGAUGUGUUGUCUAUCUCGGAGUCUGUUCAUUCUUUGACAUCUUCCGAAAAGACUGCAGUUGAAUACUUCACAACGGAGAAGAAAGAACUCACGGAAGAAGACUACAGGAGAGGUGGACCCAAACCUAGAAGAAAUAACCAGAGCAGAUUCCACGCGGAUACAAUGAUCGUUGACAAGCCGACGACACAUGACUACACUGCAGAGCGUUCAAGGAGGAGGAAGAGAAAGAAGUUCGCCGAUUUUAUUGAUCAGGUACAUGUGAUCAUGUCCUCAUCUACAAAUGGGAAUCUCUUUCCGGGCAGUAGCAGCAAAGUCGAGAAUUGGGACCCUCCCAUGUCUCCUUAUAGACUGAUUCAGGAAGGUUUUCGCAGAGAUGCAUGGAAGGUUAUACUUUCCAGCAUGUUGCUCAACAAAUCUACAGGAAGGUCCGUCAAGAAGAUCGUCGGAGACCUUUUUGACUUGUGCCCUGAUGCUGAAUCCGCUGUCAAGACUCCAACAGAAAAUAUUGCCGAUAUAGUCUAUUCACUUGGUCUCCAGAACAAACGUGCAAAAAUGAUCCAGAGAUUCUCAAGCGAAUAUUUGCGAGGUGAAUGGAACAACGUCAGUCAGCUGCAUGGUGUUACCAAGUAUGCAACAGACUCUUACGCCAUUUUCUACCAAGGAUUGUGGAGAGAGGUGCAACCCGAGGAUUCUAUGCUGAGAAAAUAUCGGAGCUGGCUACAAGAAUUACACGGUCAGGAGGCGGAGAGUGAGUAUAUUCUCUCGCAAACUAAGGAAGCAGUUUGUAUUUGAUGUGGACUUCUACCAGAUUUCAAGAUAUGUAUAUUAUAUGAAUGUAAACAUCUUCGUCUUUUCUCUCCUAACUAUAAAGACUCCUCCGAACAUGUCGCUGUUUAA